UCAAGUUUACGUUGUUAGAGGGAAGCUUUCAGGAGGCAUGGAAAUGGGUGAGGGAUUCACGCGGGAGGGUCUGCAGGAGGAGGAAGAAGAAAACGAAGAAGAGCUCCCGGAAGCGCCAGGUUGCUCCGGGGCGGGCGCCCGCUUCGCGAGUGGAAGCCGCUCGGAAUCCAGUGGAGACGGAAAUGAAGAGAUGGAGGAGGAGGAGGAGGAGGAGGAAGAAGAGAUAGAAGAAGAGGCUCUAGAAAGGGAGUCUCGGGACCCCUUUAGAAGAUUUGGGAUGGAGGAGGGAGCAAUGGACUCGGACGAUGAAAAUGAGCGUAUGAUUAACCUCUCUGAGCUGACACCAUAUAUAAUGUGUUCCAUCUGCAAGGGGUAUUUCAUAGAUGCAACAACUAUCACAGAGUGUCUUCAUACCUUCUGUAAGAGCUGCAUAGUAAGACAUUUUUAUUACAGUAAUAGAUGUCCAAAAUGCAACAUUGUAGUGCAUCAGACACAGCCUCUUUAUAAUAUAAGACUGGAUCGACAAUUGCAAGACAUAGUAUAUAAAUUAGUUGUCAACUUGGAGGAAAGGGAGAAAAAGCAAAUGCAUGAUUUCUACAGGGAGAGAGGUCUAGAAAUACCCAAACCUGCUAUGCCACAGCCAGUUGCUGUUGCCAGGGGAAGACCCCGCAAAGUAGUAGGCUCAGUGUUCCGUAUCCCCCCAGAACUUGACAUGUCGCUGCUCCUGGAAUUUAUUGGAGCUAAUGAUCUCUCAGGGAAUUUUAAGCCUCUGGAAAAGAAGUUUGUACGGGUUUCAGGAGAAGCAACAAUUGGACAUGUUGAGAAAUUUCUCCGAAGAAAGAUGGAUCUUGAUCCUGGCUGUCAGGUGGAUAUAAUAUGUGGAGAUCAUCUGCUGGAACACUACCAGACUUUAAGGGAAAUCCGACGAGCUCUAGGAGAGAGUGCAGUACAGGAUGGCUUGCUUGUGCUGCACUACGGUCUGAUUCUUAGCAGAGAUUCUGCACUUUAAAAGAUGGUGUAAAUCUCAGAAGGGCUCUAAAGAAGCAGAUCAUCAUCUGUCCUGAAGCACACCAAAGAAGGCCAUCCUAUCAGAAAAAUGCAUCACUUUUUGCUCUAUGCGAAUUAACUUAUGUGAGUUUAUGACUUAAAUCAGCAUGGAAAACAAAUGCUGUACCAGAAAGUGCUGAAAGUGACUGCAGUGCUUUCUGCCAUCAGCACCCAGCUAGCUCAGGAAGAGCACACCCAUUGUGAAAUGAGCACAUCCAUUCAUUUUAAUUGUUGUUUUAUGGCCUAAAUAAGGUCAAUUCAUUCCCAGGAUUUCAGAGAAGCUUGUACCUGAAAGACCUUAAAUACACAAGUGCAGCGGUGUUCUCAGGGUUGAUAUUCAAUGUCUCAUAUACAUUCUUCUUGGUAACAAAUUGUGCACUGGUUGAUUUGUAUAGAAAUAGUAUGAGAAACCUUUCAGAUGAAUCUAUAAAAGAAAGGGGGAACAGCCACUUUUAAUUCAUUUUAAGCAGUAUACCUUGCAUUUUUCAUUAGAAAUAGCAUUAAGCUGUGCAACAUCAAACCAGUAGAACAAAAUGAAUUUAGAUACCAGCUAAUUAGGCAGUAAGUCCUUUGCCAGUAUGAAUUUUUAUGUAGAGCUGGCUGUGAGGUCCAUUUUGGAAAUCAUUUAAGCUCUUAUUCUAUUCCUACUGAAGUCAGCACGCAGCCUUUGUUCUAGUAUGGUCCAUAAGGAUUUCUUCAUGUAGGAACCUUGCUCAAUUUGUUCCUAUUUCUCAGCAAAUCCUCUUUUACUCCUGGCUUCUAGCCACAAUCAUACUUGUCCUGCCCCUUCACAGUCUCUGUCAUCAUGUCAUCUUACUCCAGGUGUUCCAUCCUUUUCUGGCAUUUAUUCCUCAGCUUCCUUCAGCUGUCCUUUUGGAAAUUCAGUUGAUGGCACACGACUGGGUUAUUAUGACUCUUUCUGAAAGUAAGAACUUCAGACAGCAUGCUGUUAUGGUGUCAAGGACAAAGGAGCCUUGAAUGGCAACAAAACAUUUGAUUUUAUAUAUUCCUAUAACACACCCACAAGAGAAAGCUGAAAGAUUUCAAAGAACGUUAUUGUAAAUGGUUUUUUAUAUCACCACAGAUUAAAUACAAGCACCUGAGACUACUGGAGACAGAAUGAAUAGAAUAUGUGCUUUACUGAUACAAAAGGUGCCAGUUUGCCCAUCAUUCAUUUUUCAGCUUCAGUUUUCUGUUACAACACGAUUACUACUCCAUGUGCAUAAAGACUCUAGAUUUUUAAAGUGCUUUUGAAUCAAAAUUUUUGUGUUUAGGAAAAUGCUUUUACAGAUUCACUUUUACUACAAUAAAUUUUGUAGUGGGGAGGUAUUUCUAAAUGCUUAUUUUAUAGUCAAAAUACCCAGUCUGUUUUGAAGAUGUAUAUAAAAGCAGUAAUAAAAACAAAGAAUGUAAUUUUGAA